AUGUCAUCCAACCGUGCUGCGAAGACAACUCCAACUUUCAAUCCGGAAAAACCGAAAACUCCAACUUACUAUGUCGACGCCCUCAUAAGAGUGGUUCAGCGCAUGGCUCCACGCGCUUCGCCUAGCCAAUGGAAUCGCCUUGGCAUCACUGCAAGAAACAUCGAGCUGAGCCACGAGCACUUCCUCGAGAAAGUUGGCGGAUCUUCAACUUCGACAACAGAAAGUGUUGUUCCAAUCGAUAGAGAGACAAUCAGAGGUUUGGAAUUGCGCUGCUUUAAGAUUCAGGACGACAUCGAAUCUCUCCAAAGACAACUCAAUGCCAAAAAGCGGGAGUUAAACGAGAUGAUCGAGGAGCUGGCAUUCCGUGAAGAUGACGUCCAGGGUCCGUCGUCGAGAUGA